GCGGAAGUGAUGCCUCACCGCCUUGGGGGCGGUAAGACGCCGCUUUCUCCUCAUCGCGGGAGGCUGCGCGGGGAGCACGGCCUCGGCCUUGCUGGGGUCCUGUCGCAGCUUUCCUCGAGGCCUUCCUCCGGCUGCUUCCCUGCCGAAAGGGGCCCGUCGUCUCCUGGGGCGUGCGCUGGGGCGCCCUUGUUUCUGUACGGUUCGCUUCGGUGGUGUAUCGUGAAGGAGCAGAGUCGUUUGUGUUCUCCUUCAGGUCUAGCGCUGAGAAGAAAAAACCUGGUUCACCGCUCGACGCCUUUCUUUGCUUAGGGUAGGAUCUCCUUGGAGCUUGGCUGACCAGGGCUGCUUUUGGCUGGAAACCAUGAGGAAAUACUUUCCAUAAAAGUGUCACGCAACCAAAGCCAUGGCAUCUUCAGCUAACUUAGACACUGGGGCCCAGCUAAUUGUGGAAGAGUGUACCACUAGUUACAGCCUUCCACCCAUGCCAGACAUCAAGGUGGAGCACCAGCUUGACUCCAGCACAGAGGAGGGCCCAUCCCAGAGUGUGGCCAUGGGCAUGAAGUUCAUUUUACCCAAUAGAUUUGAUAUGAACGUCUGCUCACGAUUUGUGAAGUCUCUGAAUGAGGAGGACAGUAAAAAUAUUCAAGACCAAGUUAACUCUGACCUGGAAGUGGCAUCUGUCCUGUUUAAAGCUGAAUGCAACAUCCGUACUUCUCCUUCACCUGGUAUCCAAGUAAGACAUGUUUAUACUCCAUCAACUACUAAGCAUUUCUCACCAAUAAAACAGUCAACUACCCUAACUAACAAACAUAGGGGAAACGAAGUCUCUACAACACCUCUGCUUGUAAACUCUUUAUCAGUUCACCAGCUGGCUGCUCAGGGAGAAAUGUUGUAUCUGGCCACACGUAUUGAACAGGAAAAUGUAAUCAAUCAUAAGGAUGAAGAAGGAUUUACCCCUCUGAUGUGGGCUGCAGCUCAUGGGCAGAUAGCAGUGGUGGAAUUUCUCCUCCAGAAUGGUGCGGAUCCUCAGAUUUUGGGGAAAGGGCGAGAAAGUGCCCUCUCACUGGCUUGCAGCAAAGGGUACACAGAUAUUGUGAAAAUGCUGCUCGACUGUGGAGUUGAUGUCAAUGAGUAUGACUGGAAUGGAGGUACGCCUCUACUGUAUGCAGUGCAUGGGAACCAUGUGAAAUGUGUAAAAAUUCUUCUUGAAAGUGGUGCUGAUCCAACUAUCGAAACAGAUGCUGGCUAUAAUUCCAUGGAUUUGGCUGUAGCCUUGGGCUAUCGGAGUGUUCAACAGGUUAUUGAGUCUCAUUUAUUAAAGCUACUUCAAAGUAUCAAGGAAUAACAGCUGGUUCUUUCGUGGCUGUCAGUUGUCGUCUUCGAGGUUUUGACUCCAUUUUAGCCCCGUAAUCACUGAAAAGAGGUGUUUGUUUUGUAAGUUUACCUCAGUUCAGCUAUUUACUGGUUUUACUUAAGCCAGGCAUGUCCAACCUGUGGCCUGCCCCCUGCCCCAGACCAUCAUGUCAGUGGCUCUGUCAAACAGUAUUACUGUGCUCUAUGUAUCGGUUGUAAUCUCCCAGAAAAUAAAUAGGAUACAUUACUUUUGAAACAGUCUACGUAUUUGCAUCCCAAAAUAAUUCUUAUUCACCCAGUUUGACCCAGACAAACCAACAGGUUGGACACGCAUGACUUAAGCUUUUAAAUAUGCUUUCUCUUUCAUAGAAAAAUGUGAUGUCAUCCUUUUCUUAAAUGUAUUUAUAUAACCUUGAAAGAAAAGGUCUGUUCUCAAGCAUGAAAAACUGAAUAAAAUCUGUUUUCACCCUGUAAGUGUUCACGUAGUGCACUGGACAGCACAGUGCCAAGAGUUCUCCUUGUUCCUGUCAUUGAUCCAUAUUCACAGGAAGAUGAUUGUUUAGAUAUUGAGGUAUGUCACCAUAGAAAAAAGACUUUUUUACUUUUAGUAGUAUCCAAAUGUGUGCCAUGUGUGAUUGUUCUCAAGAUCUUCAGCUAUUAUUAUUGUGUCAACUAUUGUCUUUGUAUGAUUUUUUUAAGAAGUUAAUAAAUUUAAUGACCUUGGUGGUA